UAUUGCAAAUCUCAAACACAAACUAAAUUUUAUUUAAUUAAAUAUGUUUUAACCUGGACAAAAAGUGGUGUCUACAGCUACCUAGUCACCCAACCAUCUAUUCCAAUUCACAAAGCAACAUGCAUGGCAAUUGUAAUCAACAAGUAAUCGAGUCAAAACAUCCAUUCAUUUUUGCACACAUGAGAACUAAACCUUUUCACUAUCCUAAUGCACCUCUCAAUCAUCAUCAUAGGAUGCACUCGAUCACAUGCAACAAUUCAAGGUUAAUGCCAAUAAACAUGAGAUUCUCCCACAAUCCGGCCACUUUGAUCAUGCAAACAUUGCUUGGAGCCCUCAAAAUUUUCAACUUUGGGCAUACAUCAAGGCUCCAAGCAUCAAUCACAAUCACACAAGCAUAAGAAUAAACUACCCCCCCCCCCCCCCCCCACCCCCCCACCCACACACUUAAGCUCGACAUUGCCCUCAAUGGCGUAAGAUAUGGGUAUAGAACGAUGUUACCUCUUUACUUGGUGAGUGAAAGUUGGAAUCGUUUGCGGGGUAGGAGACUUGAAGCUUCAAGGAGAAGACAAAAAACACACACACAAGCACAAAUCCGACUCGCUCGAGGCGAGGUUAUUACGCAACACAAUAUGAUAGUAGUAGUUUAUAGUCACACACACAUAAUGAAAAUAAAAGAAAGAAAAAUAAAAAAAAGAGUUCAGAGUUCCAAGUGGAGUAGUGCGACGAAAGGAAUCGGCUUUGCCUCAUAUCUCCCUCAUCAGCUACCUCUCUCAGGAGGAAGGUCCGCCGUCCUCAUCUGGGAGGAGGCCCUAGCAACGAGCAAUCUGCUCAAGAAGGUCAUUCUGCCAGUCGAGGCGGGAAGUCACUCCCACAACAUGGGUCUCUAGGCGAUCCAUCCUCUAGAUGAGGGGAUCACUGGCUGUUCUGGAUGAUGAAGUUGUUGCUGGUGGUGGUACAUGGCGCUGGAGCGCGGGACGCCGGCGGCGGCCGGGAGCUCGAGCAGGUGGCUGCUCUAGGGGUGGAAACCCUAAAUCUGACUCCACUAGAGCCGCGUCAACUGCUGGGUGCGUGGCUCCUGAAGGUCGAAUCCCAUCAAGGUACUCGAUGCCCCUCUCGUGAAGUACCCACUGUUGGUUAUAAAGUGUAGCCACUGGGAAGGGCUCGGUCCUCCCGACAAUGGAGCAUCGCUCCACAUCCACUACGAAGUGACGGGAACACCUAAACCCAAAUCGAGUUGAGUUCACUGCCUUCCAGUUCACGGCCGUGAACACCUAAACGCAUCCGUGAACUCAGUGUCGUCAACAAAACGUACCGCUUCACUAUCCAGGGUUUACGGUUUGCACUCAAAGUUCACGGUCUUAGAGACAGUGAACUGCCUGGUCGUCAGUAACCUCUGGAACCCUCCUGGACACCUCACUGUUCACGUUUUGUAGCUCCAGUUCACGGCCUUAGAGACCAUGAACUCCAAUGCCAUGCCAUGAAGUGAAACUAAUUCCUCCUCUUUGCUAGUUCUUCGAUCCAUUUCUUCCAACUUUCGACUCCGAGGUUGGUUUCACCUGUUAGGAUCCGAAACACACGAAACCUAGCGUAAAACCAACCUUUUAGGAGUUCAAAUGUCACAAACGUCAAGUAAAAAUGGGGGUAAAAGUUGUACAAUAGGCCCGAAUCACGUCUCUCCACUCAUGUUUAUGUCUUUCUUCAUCCUUAUGCUUAGCUAUGCUCUUGUUGUUUAGAUUGUGAUCCUAAAGUGGUCAAAGACUAUUUACUUUAAAUUAAUUAUAAUAUAGAGGGUUUUAUUCAUAUUUCUUGUUUACUUUUUAUAAUUUGAUUUCUCAUGUGUUUGAUGGGAACGUGAGAGACCAUGAGGCAACUCAGACCUAUUAGUCUAUGUUAGUUAUCUAUAAGAUCAUAACCAAAAUUAUGUCGGAAAGACUGGCCUGCCUGUUGUCACAUAUUAUUUUGGAAGGCCAAAAUGCUUUCAUUUGGGAGCGGCAAAUUGUGGAGAAUGUCCUUCUUGGACAUGAGUUAAUGCACUACUUGAAAAUCAAAACGCGGGGAAAGAAAGGGUGCAUGGAUCUAAAGGUUGAUAUGGAAAAGGCCUAUGAUAGAGCCCAAUGGCCCUUUCUCCUGGUGGUUUUGGACAAGAUGGGGUAUAACUCGAUCAGGCGAUGCUGGGUGCAUGAAAUUCUUAGAUUAACAUCUUUUUUGGUCCUAAUGAAUGGCACACCAAAGGGUUUCAUCACACCCUCAAGAGGAAUCCGUUAGAGGGAUCCGCUCUCUCCCCUCCUUUUUUUUUUAUUUUCACAGAGGGUUUUGCAGCCCUCCUGCAGAAAGCUAUUUCGGAUGGGAAACUGGAAGGGGUCAAGGUCGCCCCCUGAUCUCCUCGAAUCUCGCAUUUGUUUUUAAGCCGAUGAUUUGUAUUUAUUCCUUAGAGUAUCUCUUCAGGAAAGUGAGAAUUUGAUCACGGUGUUAAAUGAAUAUGAGGAACUUAGUGGCAAAAGGAUUAACUUGGCAAAGUCAGCGGUUUGCUUUAGUAGAAAUAUCGCAAUACCCGAUCAAGAGUUCCUUGCUCAAAUCCUGGGUGUGGGGGCUGUUGGGGUCCCGGAUAAAUAUCUGGGAUGCCCUACCCUGAUCACCCGAUAAAAAAUGGAUACGUUUCACUACUUGGAAGAAAAGUUGCUAGCUCGUCUUUAGGGACGGAAACAGAGGACUAUAUCUUGCGCAACGAAAGAGACUUUGUUAAGAAUUUUUCUGUGGCAAAUUUUCACUCGUCUACUCCCUACGACCGAAGCUCUAAUUGAGAAGGAUGUCUAGGUCCAUCCUUGUUGUCCGGUUUGCUGGGAGGAAUCAGAGACAAUGAAACAUUUGUUCCUUG